AUGGCUUUUCAGAUUCUCGAUUCUGAGUAUGGAGAUGAUUGUCAAAGAUAUUCCAAUUUUGACUCUGAUUUUAAUAUCGUGCAGAAUGGAUUUUGCAGCUCCAUUGGUCGCCCCUUGGAGCGAUACAAAGCCUAUGACUUUUUCAAAGCCGAUCCCAUUCCAGGCCAAAAGCCCUCAUGGACUAAAGUAGAUCGCAUUGAGUCGGAGUUAUCUCAGGACAAGCUGAGCAAGAAAGUUCACAAAAGGGCCAAGAAAGUGUCUGCUGCCCAUCAGUACCAAAUGCUUUCUGACUUUAGACAAGCCCAUGUCAAUCUGCUUCUCCACGACCUUAAGCAGAUCUACCCGCAAGUGGAUUGGAGUUGCGUCUAUGCAAAAGAGCGGAAAAGGUCCUCGAAGGCGCGGAAUGCGAAUCUUGAAGAUUUUGAAACUGUCUCCAUGCAGGUAAUUCUGAUGCAAAGGUCGUUAUAUACCAAGACGCAUCCCAGGACCCCGAUGGGGGAGCUGGUUGACUUGCGGCAGUUCAGCGCCACUCAAGAACCUCACGGGUAA